AAGGGUAGCAACAAGAGAUAGGGAGAGCGAGUCUCCCCCGGAGGGAUAGCUAGAGUAACAGAAAUUCGAUUUCUUUUUUGUCAGCUGGAGAGCAUUAUGGGAAUCGUCAAUAUGCUUAAGAUCAGUGGAACGUUUAUUGCGAUGUUAGCCGUGGUGCGUUCGGAACCUCCGGUUAAUUCGUAUCUACCUCCAGGACCGGGCACCUCUGGUGCGAAUGGCGGUCGGACCGACCUGUCCACCCAGUACGGAGCGCCGGAUUUCAAUAACAGAGGUGAUGUUAAUGGAAACAGUGGCACAACAAGUUUCGGAGGACCCAGCGCAGGUAAUGGUCCGUCAAAACUUUACGACGUACCCAUCAGAGGAAGUGCCGGCGGAAAUGGUUUAGGUCAGUUUCGAGGAAAUGGAUUUGAGGGUGGACAACCUUCUAGCUCUUACGGCGCUCCUAACGGUUUUGGUGAAAACCGUGGCAACGGAAGAAAACCGUCGACUAGCUAUGGCGUUCCCGACUCAAGUGGGAAUAACAGGAAUGGUUUCGGAAAUGGAGGUAGCGAAGGAAGACCAUCCACUAGUUACGGACUUCCUGAUGCAAGUAGGAACAACGGCGGUGGUUUUGGAAAUGUAGGCAAUGAAGACAAACCGUCGAUUAAUUACGGCAUUCCCGGCGCAAAUGGAAACAAAGAGGGUGGUUUCGGAAAUGUAGGUAACGGAGGAAGACCAUCGACUAGCUACGGUGUUCCCGGUGCGAAUGGGAACCAAGGUGGUUUUGGAAGCGGAGGUAGGCCAUCGACUAGCUACGGUAUUCCCGAUGCGAGAGGUAACAAAGGGGGUGGUUUCGGAAACGGAGAUAUCGGAGGAAGACCGUCGACUAAUUAUGACGUUCUCGGAGCGAACGGAAACCACGGGGGCGGAAACGGUGGCAACGGAAGGCCCUCGAGUAAUUACGGCGUACCUGGAGCAAAUGGAAAUACGAAUGGUAAAGGUCACUUGAAUGGAAAUAAUGGCGGAGGAUCAUCGAAUAACUAUGGAUCUCCGAAUGGAUUCGGUAAAGGUUUAUCAACCAGUUACGGUCCACCUAAUAGAGGUGGAAAUGAUAAUCAUUAUCCAUCGGGAGACUCAAAUAGAGGAAGUUUUGUAAACGGUGGAAUUAACGGCUAUCCAUCUGGAAGUCCAAAUGGAAACGCAGGAAAUUUUGGGCACGGUGAUGAAAGUUUUGGCAGAGGGGGACAAGGAAGAGGAAGAAGUACUGGCGAGGGUUAUAAUGCCAACGCGCAAGAAGAAAGUACUGAACCGGCAAAGUACGAGUUUUCAUAUAAAGUGAAGGAUCAGCAAACCGGCAGCGAUUACAGUCACACGGAGACUAGAGACGGUGACCAUGCUCAAGGCGAGUUCAACGUUUUGCUUCCAGAUGGUAGGAAGCAGAUUGUUGAGUAUGAGGCUGAUCAGGAUGGAUUUAAACCGCAAAUUAGAUACGAGGGCGAAGCGAAUGCCGACGGAGGAUAUGGCUCCGGCGGACUGAAUGAUAACAAUGACGGUUAUUCUUCUGGUCGACCGGGUAGCGAAAGCGGUGGCUUUGCGAAUAACUCAGGAUUUAAUGGAGGCAGUAGUAACGGUGGUUAUCCAAGUGGUGGCCCCGGCGAGGGAAAGCUCGGUGGAUUUAAUAGCGGAGGCAGCAGCGGUUAUCAGUCGGGAAGACCAGCAGGACAAUCCUUUGGUCGAGAUAAUACUGGUGAUUUGAGCAAUGAUAUCGGCGGCUACUUUUCUAAUUCUCCUAACAACAACAUUGGCGGCAGUGACAAUGCGAAUGGUGGAAGUAAUAGACAAAACGGUGGUAAUAGUGGAUAUCAAUAUUAAAAGAACACAUAAUUCAAUAGAUUUAGAGACUACAACUAUUUUGGAUAAUUUUGCAUAAA